CACACCGCCCCGCGCGCCCCGGGCGCUCUGCACCAGCGGCUUCGGCUUGGUGGAUGUGUAUGCAUGAGUUCUGCACCGAACGGGCGCAAAAAGCGCCCCAGCCGGUCCACCCGCUCCUCGAUCUUCCAGAUCAGCAAACCUCCGCUGCAGAGCGGGGACUGGGAGCGCAGGGGCAGCGGCUCCGAAAGCGCCCACAAAACCCAACGAGCCCUGGACGACUGCAAGAUGCUUGUCCAAGAGUUCAACACUCAAGUGGCCCUGUACCGAGAGUUGGUCAUUUCUAUUGGGGACGUCUCGGUCAGCUGCCCCUCACUACGGGCGGAAAUGCACAAGACAAGAACCAAAGGUUGUGAAAUGGCCCGUCAGGCACACCAAAAGCUGGCUGCCAUCUCAGGCCCCGAAGAUGGUGAGAUCCAUCCUGAGAUCUGCCGGCUUUACAUCCAGCUGCAGUGCUGCCUGGAGAUGUACACGGCAGAGAUGCUCAAGUCCAUAUGUCUGCUGGGGUCUCUUCAGUUUCAUCGGAAAGGAAAGGAAGUCAGUGGGGCAGCCAAGAGUGUGGACUGCAAAAUUGAGGAGAGCAUCGAAACGCCUGCCCUGGAUGACGCCUCGCCGUCCCCUGUCGAUGGGCAACAGCACCCCUGGCAGGUUUCCACAGACAUUGAGAACACUGAGAGAGACAUGCGAGAAAUGAAAAACCUUUUAAGCAAACUCAGGGAAACGAUGCCUUUACCACUGAAAAAUCAAGAUGACAGCAGCCUUCUGAACUUAACGCCCUACCCUCUGGUUAGAAGACGGAAGAGAAGGUUUUUCGGGCUCUGUUGUCUUGUUUCCAGCUAGGACGUCCCUCCGGGAAACCCACCGUGGAGAUCACCUUGAAAAAAAAAAUCACAAAACCUGAAGACAUCCACACAGCCGGACACCGUGGUUGGUUUUGACUGUGUUUUCUUGGCUUCCUUAUUACCUUUACCCGCCUCUCUGCCCUUUUAACUGAUUUUACACUUGAAAAGCAGCUGCCAUCGAGAAAAAUAAGAAAGAAAGAACAGAUUCAAAUAGCAGGCUGUUUUUAAAAGGAUUUUUAAAGUUGACAUUGUGCAUGUCUGCUCUAAAUCAUACCAUGACAAAUGCAAGAAUUAUGAUUUUUAAAUGACUCAAAGGUUUUUUUAAAAUGUAUUAUACAGAGAAGAAAUUAUUUCACAUAUAAUAGUAUAUCUAUAGCUCUUGCUGAUCUCAUGUUAACAAUUUAUCAUAUAUGAAAGAAGUCUUUAAAUAUAGAAAUCUAUUUAAAACUGCAAAACUGUGUUCAAAGAUCCAAUCUAUCAGUAUCAUUAGACACAAUAUUAUAACCAAACAUGUUACCUGUUGCUUUCCCUGUACUCAUUUACAUUUAGUCUUCCAUUCUGUCAGAACCUAAAAGUGUCAACAUAAAAAGAUCUUAAUUUAUAAUGCAAGGAAAACCAUAGAUGAAAAGUGCAUACGUUUUGUAAAUACACAGUAGUCCUUAAGCCUUCAUAUGGCGCACAUGGCAACUCAUUUCCUUUUGAUCCAAUGGUGUCUCUCUUUUUCUUUUAUUCAGCUUCUUGGAGAAUGACGUUACCCAGUUAGGAAAUGGUGUCGUAAUAUAUCCACUUACCGUCCGAUGUGCAAUUGAGUAUUAUCACAUUUUGUUCUAGUUGAACUCAGAAGCAUGGUGUCCACACAUCUGCAUAGUGUUCAGUCGCAUAGGGCAUGCUGGAAUUAGCUCAGAUCGUUAAAAAAAAAGAAAAAAGAAAAUACUUAACAUUUUAUGUUGUUGAUGAAACAUUUUAGUUAAGCUAAGCUUGGCUCAUUUUAGAUGACUAUGCAAGUCCGGCUUUUCCAACGUGUGCUCUGUAUCUUGUCUUUCCCUCGGGCCCUUGAAAGCAGGACACAUUAAGCAAUACUGUACAUUAGACGUGGGGGAGCUCCGUGCUGCGUUUCCUUCACUCCUCACAGCUCGCUGUGUGCUUCCUCCACUAAACUUACAACAUGGCACAAAUUCUGUUAUGGUUUUCCCCCUAUUCUUCCUUUGACCCAUUUUCCCCCAGAUAGAAUUUCCCGCGAGUUGAAAGAUGAAGUUUUUUAACUUCUUGCCUUCUUUUUCAUACCUAAAACAUCUUCAAGUCAGAGGCAACGAGUGUCCACUAUAAAUAGGCUGAACUUCACGCCUACAAGUGGUUUAUCCAAGACACAUCUUUAAACCAAAGCCUGGACAUGCAUUGCGUGGGCACUAGCAUCUUGACCUAAAAAUGAAAAAUAAUAGAGCCUUUAGCUUCCUUGAAGAUGAAGAAUGUGGACAAUUAGUGUGUUGGGUUCAAUUGUAUGAAAUUGCUGACAUUUGACUGGUUUUGCUCUACAAAACAAUGGCAACGCCAUGUAGUUCAAAUUAAUAUCUAGAGUGGGAACUAGACAGCACUUGGACUUCUCUUCUAGCUUUUUGUAUUAAAAGUGAAAGAAUUUUUGGUGAGAAGGGACCUCAGAAGGCUGUGGCUGGUCUCUUUUGGAUCUCACCAGUUGCUAGAAGCCUUACGUUGGCCAUCAAUGUUGUGUUCCGAGGAGCAGUCAGUCGUUGAUGAGCAGUUCCGAGAAGGUCUGGCUUCUCAAAUAGAAGUACCUCUGAUAAAUUAUAUGGAAAAAGUGACCAUAUUUUAAAUGAAAUACUCACUAAAUAACUGUGGAAACGUGUUAUUUGAAGACUGUAGGCUGGCGGUGGCGCUUGCAAAGCAAGCAAUCCCUCCCAGACUCUCCUGCCUGCUACCCCGGCUUUCCAUAAACCAAGCUUGAGGAAGGUCUAAUUUGCUUUCCUGAAUCUGGUCCGUCUUCACCCCCUGAGGUUAUCUCAAUUAAAGGCCACUGUUUUCAGAUCGCCGUGUCCCUAGCAACCAGCUCGGCCCUCUGCGGAUUAUCUGACUUUAUUGACCCUUACUUCAAGCUCAUCGCUAGCAAUCCACGCAAAGUGACUAAGUGACACGGCCAACCUUGGUGUCCAGCAUGUUCUUCUAAAGGCCUGACCCAAGUCACUUCCACUCUGCUCACAGCCUGCUCAGCCCCACCUUCUGUGCAAUUGUCCUUUGUAUAACUGAAGACUGUUAAUCAAUUCAGGUCUCACCUCCAUGUCUGGGAAGGCUGUCUUAGCUAUUCAUGGAGAUGGGAAAACUCAUCUAAUUACCCAGCCAGACUUUCCAUAUCUAACGUAAUAGAGUCAGCCACCUUAUCUUUUAUUCCGUGCCUGUUUUCCGGUCUUUGAUCAGUUUUAUAGUUCCUGUAGACACACUCCAAGAUUUAUAGAUGCUCUUUCAGCAACGGGUCCUAAAAUGACACUUAGUACUUAACGGUUUGAUAACUACAUUGGCUCAUGGUUGCCAUGGGUAACUCACCAUCUCUCUGUCAGACAUGUCAGUGAAUUUUGCAGGAGCUGCCCCCUCUCUCCUCUGACCUGCCAAAGGACUUUCUCAGGUGUGACUCCACGGGAUGAACCUUUGCUCUCUCCGGCUUUGAGAUUAGCAGAAACAUUCCGCAAUCUCUAGGAGUAAGGAGAGAACACUGAACCUAUCUUCUUUAAUGUACCCAUGUGCUUAAGCAGAAAGGAAUGAAACUUUUUGUGGCACACACUCAUUUUCACACCAUAUUUUUAAUAUCCUAUGUUAGUUAUCCCUCCCUCCUCCCCAGAUUACAAAGAAUGUAUGUCCUUUGUGGGAAACCUUAAAACUACCAACACACAGAAAGGAAAGAAACUUCCCACGGACUCUAUGUCAAUCAUGGGGUUUAAUUUUGGGGGGAUUUUCACCAGUGAGGAUUGAGUCCAGAGAUUUUCGGAUCAUAUACAUGAAAUGCCCCCAAGGCCAAAGGGUCUCUGAUGAUCUGACCACCGACGUUUGGUGUGCAUUAGAUGCAGAUUCGCCGCAGAGUUCUGAUUGUACCGCUAUUCGGGAGUGUAAAGAAAGCUUUAGGAGUAGCCCAGCUCUCCUGCAAUGUAUAAAGGCUCCUGAGGAGAUGUCUAACAUACCUCCUAACCGUUAGGUUCCUUGGUGCAGCGGGAGGAACAGUCAGGAUGUUUGCUAAUACUGCCCCUGGGGAGAGCUAAGCUUUGGCAUGAGGGGAGCAAGUAACACCAAGUGCAAAAGGAGCUACCUUACCUUAGACAACAGACAAAUGGGCCAGAUUAACAGUCAUUGUCGAGAAUUUCAGACCGUACGCGUCUCAUUGUGGAAAGAACUAGGGAUAUCUGUCACACAGCUCAACUUCCCACCCCACACACCCGUG